ACAUCAUGUGUCUGUGUUUUCUACAGAUGUUCCACAGCUGGCGCUGGUUAAAGAAGAAGCUCCUGAAGAACAGAGUGCUGGUGUGGACCAGCAGGACCCAGAACACCUCCACAUAAAGGAGGAACAGGAGGAGCUCUGGACCAGUCUGGAGGGAGAGCAUCUCUGUUUGAAGGAGGAGACUGAAGCUGUCGGGUUUCCUGUUACUGCUGUUUCUAUAAAGAGUGAGGAUGAUGAAGAGAAACCUCUGGUCUCACAGCUUCAUCAGCAGCAAAUAGAAGACAGAGAUGUUCCAACCAGCAGCUCAGCUGACCAGAUGGCAGCAGAAACUGGUGGAGGAGCAGGAACUAGCAGGAACCCAGAUCUGAACCCUCAUGAACAAACAUCUGAUUCUUCAGAGACUGAAGUUAGUGGAGAUGAUGAUGAUGAUGAUGAUGGUGUGAAUCUGGACUCUGAGCUGUCAGACUCUGGCUCUGAAACUGGAGAUGAAGAUGAUGACUGGAAUGAGAGCAGGUCUUCUGAGUCAGAUGUUUCAAGGAAGAGCGAAGAGACGGAUGAGAAACCUGUGCUCUUACAUUUCCACAACCAUCAAAUGAAAGACGGAGGUGUCCCAACCAGCAGCUUGGCUGGGCAGAUGACAGCAAAAGUUUGUGGUGGAAGAGAAACUAGCAAGAACCUAGUUCUGGACCCUAAUGAAAAGACAUCCGAUUCUUCAGAGAUUGAAGUUAGUGGACAAGAUGAAGAUGAUUUGAAUCUAGACUCUGAGCGUUCAGACUCUGGGCCUGAAACUGGAAAUGGAGACCAUGGCUGUAAUGAGAACAAGUCUUUGGAGACAGAUAUUAAGACAGUCAACAAAUCAUUUAGCUGCCCUGUGUGUGGUAUACGGUUCCUCCACAAGUGGUCUCUUCAGGAACAUGUGAGAGUGACAAUUCAUUCAGCAGUGAAGUCUUCAGAGUGUUCGGUCAAUACAAAAUGUGUGAAAGAGAAGCAACAUGGAGAAUCAUGUAGAAAAGUCCAGAAACAACCGAAAUCAUUUAGUUGUGAUGACUGUGGCAAAAAAUUUAGCCAAAAGUCCAAAUUAACCCGUCAUAUGAAAGGCCACACCGGGCAGAAGCCUUUUGCCUGUGAGCUCUGUGGACAAAGAUUUAGCCAGAAAAAUAAUUUAAACACACACAUGAGAGUUCACACAGGAGAUAAGCCUUUUGCCUGUGAGCUCUGUGGAUACAGAUGUACCCAAAAGGUAAGUUUAAACGAUCACAUGAGAGUCCACACAGGAGAGAAGCCUUUUGCCUGUGAGCUCUGUGGGAAAAGAUUUAGCCAUAAAAAUAAUUUCAAAUGUCACAUGAGAGUCCACACAGGAGAGAAGCAUUUUGCCUGUGAGCUCUGUGGACAAAGAAUUAGCUCGAAAAAGCAUUUAAACUAUCACAUGAGAGUCCACACAGGAGAGAAGCCUUUUGCCUGUGAGCUCUGUGGAUACAGAUGUAUCCAAAAGGCAAGUUUAAACUAUCACAUGAGAGUCCACACAGGAGAGAAGCCUUUUGCCUGUAAGCUCUGUGGACAAAGAUUUAGCCGGGAACAUAGUUUAAACACACACAUGAGUGUCCACACAGGAGAGAAGCCUUUUGCCUGCGAGCUCUGUGGAUACAAAUGUACCGAAAAGUCACAUUUAAACAGACACAUGAGAAUCCACACAGGAGAGAAGCCUUUUGUCUGUGAGCUCUGUGGACAAAGAUUUAGCCAUAAAAAUAGUUUAAACACACACAUGAAAGUUCACACAGGAGAGAAGCCUUUUUCCUGUGAGCUCUGUGAAUACAGAUGUACCCAAAAGGCACAUUUAAACACACACAUGAAAGUCCACACAGGAGAGAAGCCUUUUGUCUGUGAGCUCUGUGGAUACAGAUGUACCCAAAAGCCACGUUUAAACAAUCAUAUGAAAAUCCACACAGGAGAGAAGCCUUUUGCCUGUAAGCUGUGUGGAUACAGAUGUACCCAAAAAACAAGUUUAAACAGACACAUGAGAGUCCACACAGGAGAGAAGCCUUUUGCGUGUGAGCUCUGUGGAUACAGAUGUACCCAAAAAGCAAGUUUAAACAGACACAUGAGAGUCCACACAGGAGAGAAGCCUUUUGCCUGUGAGCUCUGUGGACAAAGAUUUAGCCAUAAAAAUAAUUUAAACACACACAUCAAAGUCCACACAGGAGAGAAGACUUUUUCCUGUGAGCUCUGGGAAAAGAUUUAGCCAUAAAAAUAGUUUAAACUGUCACAUGAGAGUCCACACAGGAGAGAAGCAUUUUGACUGUGAGCUCUGUGGACAAAGAUUUAGCCGAAAGACAAAUUUAAAGAGACAUACGAGCAUCAACACAGGGCUCGAGGGAGUUAUUUAACAUUACUUCCAAAUGCACUAUUUGGUUUUUUUUACAACCUUAAUAUUAGUCUUGUACCUCUGCUCAACUAUCGUUGAUUGGCCCUUGAGCCACCUCUUCUUUUGAUUUUCAUUUUCAAAACUCCUUCGUUUAUUAAACUCAGACCUUAACCAAACAUUUGAGAAGUUCCUUCAUGAUUUCUGAAUACAAAAAAUAUAUUACUUAAAGAUUAAGAAAAAACUGUUAUACCCUCCGGUAUUUAAGAAACAGACAAUAUAACAGGCACGUGAUGGUUGUAGUAGAUAACCCACUGCAAUUUAAAGCUGUUAGAUACCUGUGGCGUCUGCUUUAAACAAUUAUCUGUAUAUAAAAUAAUAGCAUACAAUGUUGUAAUAACUGCAGCUUAAAAAGAAUGUGUCUUUAUUCAUUUGGAGCCCCUAAGAAGAAAUCCCACCUUAAAGGCUGUGUAGAGACAGCUGGGUCUGUUGUCAAGAAGUCAUAAAUUACAAGGCGGCUCUGUGGAGACUCCAUUUUCCUACAAUAGCAUUUUGCUAUUUUAAGCAGGCUUAGGAAUGUGCCUGUACCAGAGUUUUUAGGGAUGCUGUUUCAGAGUUAUAAGCAGUGGACAGAUGCCGGAAAGACAGAACCACUUUUGGGCUGCAUGGUUCUCCACCAGUGUACCAAAGCUUGCAUUAACAUGGACUAGAUUGUAAUAAACUUGUUAUCUUUUUUAACUUAAA